AUGAUUCUUGUUCGUCCGAUCGACUGGGAAACUUCAAACAUUUCCAGUCAAGAGUUUUACGAUGAUUAUUGUAAACUAGUCUCACAAUGGGUCUCAUUCUUACCAAUCAUAACUCGUGAAUCAUCUUCCAAGGCAUCAGCUCGUACAACAAUUAUAAGAUUCAUCGUUCAAGAUUUAUAUAAUUUCACGUUACAUCCUAGUGUAUUAAACUUUAUGACAACGAUUCCUAAUUUAAUACCUAUACUACUCAAAAUGACCGAUAUUCAACAGGAUGAAACACAGUUGAAUAUUUAUCGUUGUUUAGGAAAAAUUAUGGUGGAAGAAGAUAUCAAAACUAUGGCUCAUCCAGAUAAAAUUGCGAUAAUCUAUAUUAAGUUUCUUUCCAAUAGUAUCGAUGAUGUGAAGAAAAAAGGCCGAUUUCACAGUCUGUUAGAAAGUUUAACUAACUGGGUUCAACACGAUCAGUUGAAAGUUUAUCUGCUCGAUCAGAACAUCCUUCCUCUACUGAUUCGAUGCAUCAUGGAAACGAAAUUUGAUCCUAUUAAAGCACAAAAACCCGCUCUCGAGAUUCUUCUCGCUCUAUCAUUUAAAAAUGAUGCUUCAUCUUCUCUAAAACAGAAUCAACAGUUUAUGAAUUAUGUCCGCAAUCUAUCCAAGAAUACUAUUUCGACUGAAGCUAGUUUACAGCGUGCAGCUGAAGGUCUUCUUUGGAAAUUAGAAAAAGAGACAGAAGCAGUUGCUAAACCAACUUCGACCAACACACAUCAAUUCGACAUCAUGAUUAGCUAUUCACACAGUGAUAAACAAAUAUGUCACCGGAUUCAUGAACAACUAGUUAAAGAUGGAUUUCGUGUAUGGAUCGAUCGAGAACAUAUGCAUGGUGCUACCAUGAUAGCCAUGGCUGAAGCAAUUGAAAACUCGAAUAUUAUUCUCAUUUGUAUGUCUGAUGCAUACAAACAAAGUGUCUAUUGUCAAUCAGAAGCCCAUUAUGCUUUCGAACGUCGUCGUCGACUCAUUCCUUUGAUCAUGAAAUCUCACUAUAAACCUGAUGGAUGGCUCGGAAUUAUUGCCAGUGGUAAACUGUAUGUCGAUUUUAUAAAAUUGGAAUUUGAAUCCGCUUAUGAUCGAUUGAAAGUUGAAAUCAAUCAAUGUCAUCAACAGAAGACAAGUCUAUCAACAAUCAUUCCCAAAGAAAAAGAUCCACAGAAAAGUUCGGCAACAAUUGCUUCAUCAGUUGAACAAUAUUCGACGGUUAAACUACCACAUUGUAUCAAUCAAUGGACUAAUGAUCAUGUUAAAUCAUUUCUUGUUUCUAUUGGUCUCAAAGAUACGUUACUUAUGUUAUGUAUUCGAAUGGAUGGACAUCGUCUUAUUCAUCUGUACGAAAUGUGUAUGAUGAAUCGUGAAUCAAUGUUUCAGUCACUAAAGGCUGAACUAGUCGAGGGUCAUUAUAAAUUAUUACCCCAUGACGCUGGACAACGUGGCACAGCAGCUCAAAUUCGUCAAUAUGAUGAUCUUAAUAAUAGAACAAAGCUUAAUAGUGCCAAAAGAAAGAUGGUCAACGGAGUUAUUCAUAGUCCAGACUUAAAACAUACACCGAAACUCGACAAAUCAUUAAAUCAAUUGGCUGCAAAACAUCUCGAUGCAUUUCCUAAGUGA